AUGACCAGAAAUAUACGUUUAUACAAUUGUCACAAUAAUGUCAAUAUUCUCGCAGAAAAGAUUUCUGAAUUAGGGAAAACUAGAGAAGUUGUUAAGCACACUUCAUUAAAAGAAACAAAACAUGAAGUUGAAGUUAAACUUGUUGAUGAAGACGAACCUUUAUUAUCUGUAGCAACGUUUGAACAAUUAAAUUUACCACAAAAUAUGAUUGGUCAAUCACAAUCUGGUACUGGUAAAACCGCGGCUUUUGUCUUAACAAUGUAG